CUCGAGAAAGUGUACACAUACUGAAGCCACGUGUCGAGUGAAAAAUCUUGAAUAAAAAAUGGAAAAUAAGAGCCAGGAAAUUGAGAAACCGCGUGAUACAGUGAUAUUGAUUCUAAAAAAGAAAAGAUUUGAAGUUGAUAAGCAAAAAUUAAUCAGCAAGAGUCAGUACUUUGCUGCUCUUUUGUCUGAAAAUUAUUUAGAAUAUCGUCAGAAGGAACAUAUUAUUGAAUAUUACAAUAUUCUUUCAAUUUCAUUUCAAGAUUUCGUUGAUUGGAUUCACAAUGACGAAAUUGAUAUCUUUACAAAUAAUUGGAAUAUUGAAAAAUGUAAUCGGCUCUUUAGCCUACUAGAAUUAAGUAUUAUAUUUGGAGUAAAUAAUCUAAUAGAAUACUUAAUCUAUAAAAUAGAGGAAAAAUUAUAUUUUAUGCCACCAAAAUUUGUAAUUGAUAUAUGGUUAUUAUCACAAGAAUUGAAUUUAAAUAUCCUCCGAGAUGUUUCAUUCGCAUUUUGCUUAGAUCGUUUCGAUGAUCUACCACUUAAUUCAAUUUAUGAGCUGUCGAAGGAUAAUUUGCUUAAAUUAAUUGGGAAUAUCAAUAUAACAUCCACGCCAUCUUAUUUAAUUGAAGUCACAAAUAAAUGGAUGAAGCACCAUAAUGAUUUUACAAUUCCUUUAGAAAUUUUAAAGAAUAAGGAAACAAAAAUACUAAACAGUGUUAUAUCUUCUGAAAACAUUCAUUUUGAUAACAAUGAAAAAUUUAUUCAUUGUUGGGAUGGUAAUGAUUUUUUUGAACUUACCUCAUUUAAAUAUCCUGAAGAUAUUCUUAAAUAUUGUACUGAUGAAAAUCAUAUAUUAUAUGGGAUGCAAAUCGUUGGAAGAAAGUACAAUCUUUACCUCUGUGGUGGAGAAUUUUUUCAAACAGAAAUAUAUAACAAAAAUGUGUGGCGUUACUCCUUGAUAUCUAAAAAAUGGUUCCUUGAGACUACUAUGCCAACUGAAAGAGUGGAUAUGAUUGCUGCAUUUAUAAAAAACAAAUUAAUUCUUGUGGGCGGUUCUAACAAAAGUGUUGAUAUCUACGAUACUUAUACAGGCUUGUGGACAUCGGGUGCAGACGCACCUUUCAAUAUACAUGAUCGUUAUAAUCAUUGCGUUUUGGACGAUAAAUUAAUCGUAUGUAGAUAUUUGAUUGCGCCAUAUUAUUAUAAAGGCCAAACAAGUUAUGAAAACUAUGGUAUGAAAAGUAAAAUUUACGUCUACUUUUCGAAUAUAAAUACAUGGAAAGUGGUAUCUAAAAUAGAUAAACUUUUUAAACGUAACAAUUUGGAGAUAAGCCCGACAAAUAUAAUAUUUAAUACUGCACCGUGUUAUAUUGAGGUUGUAGACAGAUGUCGUAAAACCAUGAUUUUAAGAGUUGUCAGCGAUACAUGCACUAACGAAAACUGCCACAUUAUAAGAUGCAAUAGGAGGAUCAAAUCUAACUUAUCGCUCAAAAAAUUUAAUAAAGAGGAUUCAAUUUUAUCUUUCCUCAAAAAAAUAAAUUUCGAUACGUAUUUCUGCAGUUUCAAUAUAAACUUUGAUGAAAGUACAGCGUAUCUUAAUUUGACUGAAUCACGUUAUAAAUACACAUUUCACUUGCACA